AUCCUAGUCAAUGAUAAGCAUUGGAAUGACCAAUAGCAAGUCACGCAGUAGUCACUCAAUAGGGCUGCCUUCUACGCCCCUGAGAGGGACGAUGUCCUCGCCUGGGGGGCUGCUGACAGCUGCCAACCCUUGUUUUCGAAGGUCAAAAUCUGACAUGAUUGAUGCGGACGUGUCGAGCAACCGUCAAGGCAAACCCAGGCCUUCGCUUACAUAAGCUCUCCCCCGCUCGUUGACAUGCCGCGAACACGCGAGUUCAUUGCAGAGACUGAGCGGUCCCCUGACCACACACACGUUCUCCUCAUCACCACUGGAAGCGUUGCUUCCAUUAAAGCACCACUUAUUGUCAAGGAACUCCUCAGGGUCAGUCGAUCUACUACCCCCUGUGGACUCCCCUAUCAGACUCAACCCUGGCAGUACAAGAAUGUCAAAGUAGAAGUAGUCUCCACGAAGUCAUCUCUCACCUUCUUUGAUGCUAACGACGUCGAAGAGGCUGGAUCGAGGGUGUGGACGGACCACGAUGAGUGGUCGGACUCAUACAAGAUCGGAGACCCUAUCCUUCAUAUUGAACUUCGGAGAUGGGCGGAUAUUGUCCUCGUAGCACCUUGUUCAGCCAACACACUUGCUAAGAUUGCAGGUGGUUUCUGUGACAACCUCGUUACUUCCCUAUUGCGUGCUCUGUCACCUUCGACACCAACAUACAUAUUCCCCGCCAUGAACACGCUCAUGUACGAGCACCCUCUCACUUCUGAGCAUCUCCGCGUUGUACGUGAUGUCGUGCGGUAUAACGUCGUUGGACCCAUAGGAAAGAACUUGGCAUGCGGUGAUGCCGGACUUGGGGCUAUGACUGAAUGGCGAGAUAUCGUCAAGAUCGUGGUCGAGAAAUAUCAGCUGCAGUCGAUAGUGACAUAAUAUACGCACGUCGACUACCCCCACGAUGGUUACUUGCACCGCUUAUUCCGGUCUGCUGCAUGAUCAUCUGUUUCAUGCGCCUUCUUACAUCUCUUUUGAAACGCUCCGAUUCCCAGUGUAUGGAGCCUAGAAAACAAGAACAUUUCUACACAGAGUUUGAU